CCCUCGGCUCGUGGGGGGUUUCCUACCCCCAUUCCGUGCGUGGCAUCGCGGGGUCCUGCGUGGUGCUGCCCUGCACCCUGAGCUACCCCGCGGGCGUGGCGACCGCCCAGGGCAUCGUGGCCAUCUGGUACAAGGACUACGACGGCCCCAGGACCCCCGUGUUCCACUCCGCCGCCCCCCAGGAGGUGGACGCCCGCUUCAGGGGCCGCGCCCGGCUCCUGGGGGACCCCGCGGCCCGGAACUGCACCCUGCUGCUGCCGGGGGUCACCCCGGGGGACGGGGGGCCCUACAGGUUCCGCUUCGAGAUCGUGGGCGGCGACCGGUGGUCGGCGGCGCGGGACGUGGUGCUGAGCGUGUCGGAGGAGCUGGAGCCCCCGAGCGCCGCCGCCCCCCGGGAUCUGACGGAGGGGCAGAGCUCCAGCCUGGAGUGCUCCACGCCCUACGCCUGCCCCUGGGGAGACGCCGUCCUGCGCUGGGAGGGGCACGACCCCCGAGCGACCACCCUGUCCGGGCGGCUGCAGCUGGACACCGGCGGGGUGGGCCAGCGCCUGACCCUCAGCACCUCCUUCUCCUGGAGGGACCACGGCAAGAAGCUGCUCUGCGAGGUGUCCUACGGCUCCAGGAAGGCGAGCACGGAGGUCGUGCUGCGGGUGAGACACGCCCCCAAGGACGUGGAGGUGCGGGUCAGUCCCUCCUCGGGGAACAUCCCCGCGGGUGCCACGGUGUCCCUGAGCUGCGAGGUGGGCAGCAGCCACCCCCCGGUCUCAGGGUACGUCUGGUACAAGGACGGGGCCGCCGUGGGCAGCGAGAGGGUGCUGACCCUGCCGGGGGUGCGGCGGGAGGACCACGGGCGGUACCACUGCGAGGCCCUGAACGCCCUCGGGGCUGGCACGGCGCCCAUCACCACCCUCCACGUGUUCUCCGCAGAGGUCUCGGCGAGCCCCGCGGCCGACGUGCGGGAGGGGACGGCCACCACCCUGUCCUGCGACGUGCCGGGCCAGGAGGGGCAGGACCUCAACUACACGUGGUACAGGAACGGAGCGUGGCUGAAGGAGGGCCCGGCCCACACCCUCCUCUUCCCCGCGGUGGCCGCGGGCGACGCCGGCUACUACUCCUGCCAGGUGACAAACGGGCAGGGCAGCGACACGGCCCCGCCGCUCAGCCUCAGCGUCACAUAUCCCCCCCGGACCCCCACCCUGACGCUCUUCCAGGAGACCCAGGGGGGCCGGCUGGCCAUCGUCCGCUGCGCCGUGGACAGUCACCCCCCGGCCGCCCUGGCCAUCGACCGCGACGGCACCGUGCUGGCCACCAGCGGGGGGGCGCAGCUGGCCCCGCCCCAGAGGUUCGGGGUCGCCGCCUCCCGCAACGCCCUGCGGUUGGAAAUCCGGGAUGCGGGGCCCCGGGACAGCGGGAAGUACCGCUGCACCGCCAGCAACGCCCACGGCAGCGCCAGCGCCGCCAAAAUCCUGCUCGCCCGGGCCGCGGAGCUCCUGAUCCAGCCCUCGGCGGAGGUGCCGGAGGGGACGGCGGUCACCCUGACCUGCGUGGGGACGGGGGAGGCGGCGGGGGAGCCCCUCUACGCGUGGUACAGGAACGGGCAGAGGCUGCGGGAGGGCCCGGCCCCGACCCUGCGCUUCCCCUCGGUGCGCGGGGAGGACGCGGGCGCCUUCCAGUGCCGGGUGCGGGGCAGCGACGGCAGCGACAGCGACGCGUCGGGGGCCGUCCCGCUCCGGGUGCUCUACCCCCCGAGGCCGCCGGUGCUGAGCUCCUUCCUGCAGAGCCGGGGCGGGCGCCUGGGGAUCAUCCAGUGCUCCGUGCAGAGCGACCCCGAGUCCAACCUCACCCUGCGCAGGGGGAACGCGCUGGUGGCCUGCACCGGGGGCUGCCCCCUGACCCCCAGGGUCCGUGUGACUCCCUCCUACAACAGCCUGAGGGUGGAGAUCCAGGACGUGGUGCUGGAGGACGAGGGCACCUACGUGUGCCAGGCUGGGAACACCCAGGGGAGCGCCAGCGCCGCCGUGGAGUUCAGGGCUGACA